GUCAAUAGAUUUAGUACUAUUCUUGGUCAAAAAAUAAAAAAAGGGCAAAAAUAAAGUGAAAACCAAAGCAUGACAAACCUUUGGAAAAUGAAAGUUAAUUUGUAAACUUCGGUUGGUUGAAUGGCUGUUCAUUCAUAAGCACCAUCUUCGACAAAAUAUCAAGUACUCUCUCUCAAAAAAAUAUCAAGUUAUUUCCCUCUCUUGUGACAAAAAAUAUAAGUUCUCUCUCUCGAUCUCGACCAAGCUCUCUCUCUCUCUCUCUCUUCCAAAGGUCUAAAUAACAGUCCAUGGAUCAUUCUUCAGGUGUUUGGGAGAAUCACUCGUUCAAUUUUGAUGCUUCCGUGUAGAGUGAGAGUAAAAAUUGAUGGUUCUGCCUAGAGUGGGAAACUAAAGAUUUAGUGGGGGUGCUAAAGUUGCAGCUAUGGCCUCGUUUCUCACUCUGAGCCAUGUCUAUGACAGCAAUCUUGAACAAAGGAUAGGAGGGAAUCAUGGAUCGCAACAGUGUUCGACGUACUCAGCCAAGUGUUUGACAAAACCCUUCACUGAAAAUUCUGAUGGUUCAGCGUAGAGGGAGAAACAUAGAAUCACUCACAGAGGACACUGAUGCUUCAGCAUAAAGUGAAGAACAAAGAAUCUCUCGCUUGGAAUUCUCAUGCCUAAGCAUAGAGUGGAAAGAAUUCUGAUGCCUUGGCGUAGAGUGAGAAACAGAUUCCCUCACUGAAAAUUCAAGCUUAAGGAGAGCGUGAAGAACUAUCUUAUGUAAGGGUAAUCUGUGGUGCUAAAGUUGCAGGGAUGGCCUCCUUUCUCAUUCCAAACCAGGUGAUUCUAAGGGCUGGGAUCAAACUGGUAAACCAACAAUUUAUAUCAAUUGGGUAUUGCAGAUACGGUGAGAAUUCUUGUUUUAGGAUUCAAAUGAUGGCAACCAAGCAUAAAAAGAAGCCCAAAAAUCUUCGAUAUCCAAGGCGACAGAAGCUGCCUGUCGACCCUGCUUUAUACAAGAUACAGCCAGCGAUCUGUGAUGAAAGCAGUAUUUCUUUCGAACAAGGAGUGGGAUUAGAGAGAGGGAAUUCCCCGAACCCAAAUGAAUUAGAGGCCAUUUCCUCUCUCUAUCAAGAUGAAGUUCGUCGAAAACCCAGAACUUUGGGAAAGGAAACCAACAUUUCUUAUGAACGAGGAGAAGAGGGAGUAGAGAGACAUGAGGAUUCAUGGAGCCCAGAUGAAUUAGACACAAUUUUCUCUCUUUUUCAAGGUAGAAUCCCUCAAAAACCAGGAAAAUUGGGGAGGGUUCGACCCCUGCCCCUUCCAACUCCUCACAAGCUUCGACCUUUAGGCCUUCCAAGCCCCAAGAAUCACAUAAGAUCAGCCUAUCCGGCCAUUACAGCUUCUCGAUCCUCUCUCUGUAAACUCAAUUACAAGAACCCAGACUUUCUUCUUGAAAUCGCCAGAGAAAUCAGAGGCCUUCCACCUGAGAAGAACUCUUCUGAGGUCCUAAAUAAAAGAUACAGGAUCCUAAGAAAGGGUUCAUUAUCCUUAACCAUUAGAGAAUUGGGUCACAUGGGGUUGCCCCAUCGAGCUCUUGAGACCUUUUGUUGGGCUCAAAGGCACCCUCACCUCUUCCCUGAUGAUAGGCUUCUCGCAUCUACCGUAGAGGUAUUGGCUCGAACCGGUAGGCUCAAGAACGCAUUUAAUUUUGCAGAUAUUAUGAGCUCAGCAAGCAGAACUGUAAUUGAGGCCAUGGCCAAAGGAUGUAUCAGAGGUGGGCAAUUCAAUCUUGCCAGAAAAAUCCUCCUUGUUGCUAAAGAUACAGGCCGAACACUCGAUGUUAGUGUCUCUGUUAUGCUUUUAGCUGAGAUUGCUAAAUUCCCAGAUAAGAAAAAACUUGCAAUUAGGAUAUUGGAGGAGCUAGGAGAGAGAGAGGAACUAAACUUGAGGCAACAAGACAGUACUGCUAUAAUGAAGGCUUGUGUAAAGCUUCAGAGAUUUGAUGCAGUGGAGAGUCUCUAUAACUGGUUCAUGCAGUCUGGUCAAGACCUAAGUGUUGUAAUGUACACUACAGUAGUGCAUAGUAGGUACAUUGGAAAGAGAUAUAGAGAGGCCAUGGCUCUUGUUUGGGAAAUGGAGGGGUCUAAUUGUCUUCUAGAUCUUCCAGCUUAUAGAGUUAUAAUAAGGCUCUGUGUGGCAUUGGAUGAUUUGGCGAGGGCAGUGAGAUACUUCUCUAGGCUUAAGGAUGCAGGGUUUUCUCCAACGCAUGAUAUUUAUAGUGAUUUGAUUGAGCUUUAUGCACGAAGAGGGAGGCUCGCUAAAUGUAGAGAAAUCAGGAAAGAAAUGGAAAUGGUGGGAUUUAAGUUAGGGGCUAAAAUUGUGGCCCUUUUGGAGGGGGAUGGGAAGGUUAAGUUGAUUGCUGUGUCUUCCUCAAAAGAUGACCGUGUCUCUGAGGGAAAUCUCACAUGUUGAGAUUCAUGGUUUAUUCCCUUCUGAAAAUACUUGAGGUGCUAGCAGUGUUCAGGAUACAAACUCCUGAUUGAGAUCUAGAAAGUGACAUGUUUUACAAUCUAA